AUGCGACCAGAGCUCUUAUUCUGCCUGGGUGCUGCACUGACUGCACAGGCAGCUGCGCUGAGACUACCGUUCAACAUCCCCUUCUUCUCAAACGACCAGGCCCCUCUCAUAGACAUCGAUGCCCUUCUGCCCGCCUCGACGCCGCCGAACCGUGUUGCCAUUAUAGGAGCAGGAGCUGGUGGUUCCUCUGCGGCAUUCUGGAUCGCAAAGGCGAAGGAGCGGUUCGGCCUGGACAUCGAAGUGGACGUGUAUGAGAAGAAUGACUACAUCGGCGGACGAAGCACGGUCGUGUACCCGUACAAUAACACAGAGUACGAGGCGGUCGAGCUGGGCGCGUCAAUCUUCGUGAAGGUAAAUCGGAACAUUUGGCGAGCCACGGAAGAAUUUGGAUUGGAACGAAUCGGCUUUGGAGACGACAACAACGUGAUGGGGAUUUGGGACGGCCAGGAGUUUGUGUUGACGACUGGUGGCGGUAGCUUCCUCGGGAGCUGGAUGGACACGCUGAAGGUCAUCUGGCGGUACGGCAUCACCGCUCCUCGCCGCGCUCAGGCUAUCGUCAAAUCCAUGUUCACCCAAUUCCUCACACUGUACACCCCCUCCGCGCCGCGCUUCUCCAAUAUCACGGCGCUCGCAUCGAGCCUCGGCUGGACGCCCGCCAUAGCGAGCACUACCGCAGAGUAUUUCGACACACAGGGCAUCGGGCGGCUGUUCACGCGCGAGCUCGUGGACGCGGUGACGCGGGUCAACUACGGGCAGGAUGUCGACUCGCUGCACGCACUCGAGGGCAUGUGCUCGCUCGCGGCGGAGAACGCUGCGAGCGUCAAGGGCGGGAACUUCCAGGUCUUUGAACAGUUCCUCGCGAGGAGCAACGCGACGGUGCACCUGAAAACGGAGGUGACGAGCCUGAUCCAGGACGCAGCGAGCGGGGCGUGGCUCGUCGGCACGGGUGGUACGACGCGUUCACGGGCGUAUCGCGGAGUCAUCCUGGCAGCGCCGUUCUACAGUGCCGCGAUCGAGGUGUCACCACCUGCGCUGCUCGCGCCUGUGCCGGAGCAGCCGUACGUGCACCUGCACGUCACGCUCCUGAGCACGACCGCGCGCACGCCGAGCCCUGCGUACUUCGGGCUGAGCGGCGAGAGCGCGCCGACGGAGGUGCUGACGACGCACAACCGCGUGCGGGAGGGCCUCGGGCCUGAGCCGGAGUUCAACUCGAUGACCUACCACGGGAAAAUCAAGAAGGUGGAUGGGUCGCCGAUCGAGCACGACGAGUGGGUCCGGGUGGAGGACGAGUGGUUGAAGAACAUGUUCGGUGCGGGAAAUGUGGGCUGGGUCUUGAGGAAGGAGUGGGAUGCAUAUCCUGUCUUGCCUCCGACGGUGUCCUUCCCGCCUAUCAAGCUGGCGAAGGGCCUGUAUUACGUCAACGCCUUCGAGCCCUUCAUCUCGACCAUGGAGACAGAAACGAUCGCCUCGCGCAACGUCGUCGACCUCCUCCUGCAUGACGAGUUCGACGCCAGCAUCUGUCCGGCUGCUGAUACAGCCGACGAAGAGGCUGCCGCUGCGAAAACGCAAGACGAUCAGUUCGUGCUUGGAUGGGACUGCUAG